UGCAACACAUUGACACAGUGCACACAGGCGAUCGACCGGCAUCGGCACGUUGGGGAAAUCUGUACCAGUGAUUGAAAUUCUCUUCAGCUACUGCGGGUGCACGAAAAAGCGGCGAUGGGGGAGCAGUUGAGCCCAGAGGAGAAGUACCAUCUCAUCACCAGGAAUCUGCAGGAGGUUUUGGGCGAUGACAAGCUGAAAGCCAUCCUGCAGGAGCGAGAGCUGAAGGUUUACUGGGGCACAGCCACCACUGGCAAGCCCCACGUGGCCUACUUUGUGCCCAUGUCCAAGAUCGCCGACUUCCUGAAGGCGGGGUGUGAGGUGACCAUUCUGUUCGCGGAUCUGCACGCCUACCUGGACAACAUGAAGGCCCCCUGGGAGCUGCUGGAGCUCCGGACGCAGUACUACGAGCAGGUCAUCAAGGCCAUGCUGGAGAGCAUCGGCGUGCCCCUGGACAAGCUGAAGUUCAUCAAAGGGACGGACUACCAGCUCAGCAGAGAGUACACCUUGGAUGUGUACCGACUGUCCUCCAUGGUAACAGAGCACGAUGCCAAGAAGGCCGGAGCUGAGGUGGUCAAGCAGGUGGAGCAUCCACUGCUGAGUGGGCUGCUGUACCCUGGACUGCAGGCCCUUGAUGAAGAGUACCUGAAGGUAGAUGCCCAGUUUGGAGGUGUGGACCAGAGGAAGAUCUUCACGCUGGCAGAGAAGUACCUGCCUUCCCUGGGGUACGCCAAGAGGAUCCACAUGAUGAACCCCAUGGUCCCAGGACUCACAGGGGGCAAGAUGAGCUCUUCAGAGGAGGAGUCAAAGAUUGACCUCCUGGACAGGAAGGAGGAAGUGAAGAAGAAGCUGAAGAAGGCCUUUUGUGAGCCGGGCAACGUGCAGAACAACGGGGUCCUGUCCUUCGUGAAGCAUGUCCUCUUCCCCCUGAACUCAGAGUUUGUCAUCAAAAGAGAUCCGAAGUGGGGAGGAGACAAAGUUUACACAGUCUAUGAGGAGGUGGAGAAGGACUUUGCCGAGGAGGUCAUUCACCCAGGGGACUUGAAGGCGUCAGUAGAGGUAGCCUUGAACAAGCUGCUGGAUCCCAUCAGGAAGAAGUUUGAGAGUCCGGAGCUGAGGAAGCUGACGAAUACUGCCUACCCCGACCCCUCAAAGAACAAGGGAGCACCGAAAGGAAAUCCUAAAAACUCGGAGGAGGAAGACGUUGUUCCCUCCAGACUGGACAUCCGAGUGGGCAAAGUGAUCAGCGUGGAGAGGCACCCGGACGCAGACUCCCUGUACUUGGAGAAGAUCGACGUUGGGGAGGCGGAGCCGCGGACGGUGGUGAGCGGGCUGGUGGCCUACGUGCCCCAGGAGGAGCUGCAGGACAGGCUGGUGGUGCUGCUGUGCAACCUAAAGCCUCAGAAGAUGAGGGGGGUGGAGUCCCAGGCCAUGCUGCUGUGCGCGUCCAUUGAGGGGGAGCCCAGGAGGGUGGAGCCACUGGACCCCCCAGAGGGCUCAUCGCCAGGGGAGCGCGUUUUCGUGGAGGGGUACGAUGCAGGCAAGCCAGACGAUGAGCUCAAGCCAAAGAAGAAGGUGUUCGAGAAGCUACAGGAGGACCUGAAGAUCUCGGGCGAGUGCGUGGCUCAGUGGAAAGAGAAGGACCUCAUGACCAAACUGGGACAGAUCACCUGUAAAACACUGAAGGGAGGGAACAUAAGCUAAAUAUGCCCCCCCCCCACUGCCAGCCCACAUGGAUUCUCCAAUCUCCAUGACAGCCUCAUAUUUACACAGCCAGACAGGGCCAAUCACAAAAGAGGGGUGUAUACAGCAACAGAGAAUCUCCGGUGUAAUUAAAUGGAUUUGUGGUCCAUUUUUUGUUUUUGAAGUUAAUCAUGGUUAUUGCCUUCUCAAAUUUAUUUCUUUCCAUUCACAUGUACAAAAAAAAAAAAAAAACAGUCGUGGAAUAGCUUAUCAAAGCAUCUUGGGGUACCGCUGUAAAUAUCAUAGUUCCAAUGUGACUGUAAAAUGGGUUACAUUUUACUUUCACUGUAUCUUAUCGAGCAACACGUACUAUUGUAAUCCGCAUACUGUAUCUGCAAUGUGAGAAGUCUUCCUUCUCUAGAACUGUUGUCUUCAUUAAUCUGAGCAUCACACCCUUCCUUGGACAAUAAGCAAGCCAGUCUGACUGCAGCUCAAGCCCUGUCUCUAGUGAUUCUUAUCUUAAUGCCAUUGACCUCAAGUUCAGGUAUUUCUCUUUUUAUUUACUUACGGGAUCAUCCAGUAAUCUGUAACCUUCAGGAACGCUCUGUGUGUGAAUGGUUGUACCGGCAGGCAGUAGAACGGUGUGAUGUAACGGAAUGGUCCGUUGUCAUAGGAUGUGCCACGGUUAUCUCAUUGUUGUGUCACCAACUGCAGGGCUCCAUUGUAACAGUCACUGAUGUCACUACUUCUCGAAGGAUCAUCUGUACAUUAUUAAACAGCU